CAACAUCAUUCAAAAUGAAGUGCGUAUUGAAUUUACUUCUCCUGUCACUAGUUGCUCUUACGAAACAAGACGAUGUUAAAUGGUUACAACUCGAUCAAAGGCGAGUCUCUGAAAAUGUAACUGAAUAUACGAAGUUAUUUCAACAAAGUAGAAUCAUUGGUGGAACAGAAGCGCCGAAACACUCAUCUCCAUGGCAAGCUGCCCUUCGUAUCAACAAUAAAUACCUUUGUGGUGGUUCGCUUGUUUCUAAAAAAUUUGUGCUUACUGCAGGUCACUGCACUUCAAUUGCUGAAAAAGUCUUAGUGAUAUUGGGAGCUCAUAACCUUAGUGAAUUUGAGUCCUCACAACAAAGAAUCUGGAGUGCCUCAAUUACCACGCACCCAAAUUAUCAUAAAACAUUCAAUGAUAUUGGAGUCGUUCAGCUGUCGACUCCAGCUCGCCUCAAUUCUUAUGUCCAGGUCGUUCCUCUUGCCAAUAGAAGAAGCGGAAAAUUUAACUAUGUUGCUGCUACCUUGUCAGCAUGGGAUAGAACAAAAUAUGAUUCAGAGGACAAAUCGUUUGUUUUAAUGAGAGUUAAUUUGACUACAAUACCAAAUAUAAUUUGUAACAUUAAAUAUCGCAAAUAUGACGCAGAUAUUAAAAAUACCAAUAUCUGUACAUCUGGAUAUGGCAAAAAAGGUUUCUGCAAAGGGGAUUUUGGUAGUCCUUUAAUUACAAGAGGCAUUCAAAUUGGUAUCGUUUCAUUUGGACCAAAACUAUGUGAGACAGAAAUGCACUCAGCUUUUACAAGAGUAUCCAAAUACCAAACUUGGAUUGCUCAAAACACGGAUGUUUCCUUCUAGUUUUAAUGAUUAUUUAAUUAAAGAUUAAUUUUAAUUGUUCAAACAAUUAUGAUUGUCUAUUUACAACAAUGACAGUUUUGAGAAAAUCAACUAUAUCACUUAUUUACAUAAUAAAUUAUAUAUAAUAAAAUAAUAUUUUAUGAUAAUAAUUGAAUAUAACAAUAAACAAUUUAA